GGAAGAUUGGUCAACGGUGCAUGCGGUAGUCACGCCAUGUGAUGUGAAGGUGUGCUCCAUUAAACAGACACACCCCUCAUGUUUGAAUUUGAAUAUGAAUAGUAAUACUUGUAUUUCAAAAUAAUAACUAGAAAAUAUCUUUUAAAUAUUUUAUUAGGACCAAUAUAUAAAUGGAGCGUAACUUUGCGAGAGUUAAAGAACAAGGCGUGUUUUGUGCCAACAGAGAGAAAGUGUUUAACACUCAUAUCGCAUAGUCGAUACAGUUUGAAUUAGUGAAAGUUGUUUGUGGCGAUUUUAUCCAAGAGGUUUAAUUAAGACCGUGAUUUAAUUAGGAUCAUAAUAACCCAUUCUCAUUUAUUUUGUUAUCCAAACACAAAGAAAAAACGAUGGAGUGGCCUGCUUCUACGGAUGAAUACGAAAAGCUCUUAAUACGGAUGAGUACCCCUAGGGUUGUUAUUGAUAAUGCCGUUUGCUCCACUGCGACAUUAGUCAAGGUUGAUAGCGCAAGAAGGCAUGGUAGUUUACUGGAUGCAAUACAAGUGCUAAUUGAUCUGAACCUUUUAAUCAAGAAAGCAUAUAUAUCCUCUGAUGGCAAGUGGUUCAUGAAUGUUUUCCAUGUCACUCAUCAAAACGGAGACAAGCUAAUGGACGAGAGCAUUUUAAAAUAUAUAGAACAGUCGCUUGGGAGCAUUCACAAUGCGACAACGAAUCGCUCAAAAGGUCUCCCCGUGCUUGAAUUAACAGGAACUGAUAGAGUUGGUCUUCUAUCAGAGGUUUUUGCUGUACUCGCUGAUCUUCAAUGUGAUGUGGUUGAGGCUAAGGUUUGGACUCACAAUGGCCGAAUUGCCUCUUUAAUCUUUGUAAAAGACUGCAAUUCAGGAACCACUAUUGAGGACUCUCAGAAAAUUAAUAAGAUUGAAGUGCUUUUAAGAAAUGUUUUGAAGGGAGACAAUGAUAUUAGAAGUGCAAAAACUUCUGUCUCAAUGUCUGUCAUGCACACUGAACGAAGGCUGCAUCAAAUGAUGUUCGCCGAUCGUGACUAUGAGAGGACUCCCAUUCUCAAGUUUACUUCUGAUAACACUAUAGUGACAGUUCAAAAUUGGGUAGAAAGAGAUUACACAGUUGUGAAUGUUCAAUGCAAGGAUCGAAUCAAACUAUUAUUUGAUGUUGUAUGCAAUUUGACAGACAUGGAGUAUGUUGUGUUUCAUGCAACUAUCAACACAAAUAGUAACCGAGCAUACUUGGAGUUUUACAUAAGACACAAGGAUGGCACGCUAAUUAGUUCAGAACCAGAGCGACAACGUGUAAUUCAAUGUUUAAAAGCUUCCGUGGAGAGAAGGGCAUCUGAGGGUAUUCAACUAGAGUUACGCACAGAAGACAAACAAGGGCUUCUAGCAGAAGUGAUGAGAACCUUCAGAGAGAAUGGGCUUAAUGUUACAAGGGCUGAGAUAUCCACCAUAGGAAACAUGGCUACAAAUGUUUUCUAUGUAACAGAUGUGGUUGGAAAUCCAGCUGAUCCGAAAAUCAUAGAGUCUGUUCGGCAGAAAAUUGGGUCUAGCAAUUUAGAAGUGAAGGAGUUACCAUUGAUAUAUAAUCAGAAGGCAGAGAGUCAGGAUCAAGCUAUUGGAGUUGGUGGGGCAGUGUUGUGGUCUAUUGGUAAUCUUGUGAGAAGGAAUUUGUAUAGUUUGGGAUUAAUUAAAUCAUGUUCUUAAAGCAUAACAGUGAGAGGGAACUUAGGAGUGUGGAUGUUAUGUCCAACUCUUGUAUCAUAAUAUUCUAUGCAUAGGAUUUGGUCUAGUGUACAUAAAAAGUUUAGAAGGAUGGAAUUUGGUGAUAGUAGUUGUUCUAGUUGGUUGGGUGAGUUUGAGUUUGGUAGGUUGAGAUGAAUAUUACAGAAUUGGAUUCUUGGUUACUGAUCGACAAGUUUUAGGUAGAGUUGGAUAGAACAAUUGGAUUCAUUGUUCAGUUAGCACUAAGGUCAUGUGUACAUACUGAUUUUUCUUUUUAUAGUUAUUUGUAUCAAAUUUAGUGGUUGAUUCCAUUUUUAUAUUGAACUCGCUCUUCCCUGCACCUUCCUUCUGGGCUC